CAUAUCCUUACUGAAUUUCUUAUUCUUCGGUUUGCUACGAUCAUUCAUUCCGUCCCUUAAAUUUUAUGUUUUGGUUCAUAUUUAACUGUCAAUCUCAUUUUAAAGUCCGAUUUUAGUCUCGUACAUUUGCACAAAAAAUCUAUUUGAUCAUAUACAUUUUACGUGUGGUAUCUUUUGAUCUUACACAAUAUAUUUGUUCCGUAUUUUAACUUAUCAAUCAAGUCAAAAUCGAGUUGAUGUUAAGUUUUAACGGAAUCGGUAAAUAUGAACAAAAACAUAAUGUUUGGGACCAAAAAGCUAACAAACAAUGUGUAGGACCAAAAAGUUUUAUUUUAAAAUUUAGUCUAUUUGUUAUUAUAAAGUUAAUGUUUCCAUGUAGCAUAUCACCUAACGCCUUCUCAAAAUGAACUCUAAUGGUUUAGAUAAAACUGAUUAAUAUUAGAGCUUCUAAAUAUAAAUGUAAUAUAGGAAUAAUACGUUAUACCUCAUGUGGUCAUAAUAUAAAGUAUAAAUGAUUUUGAUAGUGUAUUUGUAAUAUUAGACCUUAUGUGGUCUUAAUAUAAAUGUAAUAUUGGAACAAAUCCCAAAAUUGACUCUUUGUGUGUAAACAACUUAUACCUUUUAUUACAUAUAUGUCUCUCCUAGCACUGUGUCUAUGUCUGUGUCCUUCAAGUGCAGCCACAACUGACAUUAUAUAAAUAUCUCAAUAUAAACCUAAAAUAUUAUGUUAUUUCUAGAAUAUUAAAUGGUGCUUUUAUCUACAAUAUGGAGUAUUAGUUUAGUUAACAACAUGAUAUGCAUGUACAAUUUUUAAAAGUAAAGAAUUUUGAUUUAACUAUAAAAUAAAUUGUUUGAAGGUUCAAUACCAUCCACCGUUGGGAAUCUAUCAAAGCUGGGGUUCUUAUAUCUAUCUUCCAACAAAUUAAAUGGUGAGCUCCCAUCCUCCAUCUGCAACUUGUCAUCCCUUGCUUAUCUUCUUCUCUCGAAUAAUACUUUGGAAGGAAGACUGCCACGAUGCUUUGGAAACUUCAGCAGAUCAUUGAUCAUCUUUCACCUAAACAUGAAUCACCUUAGUGGCCUCAUUCCAUCUACCUUUUCUAAGAAUUGUAGUCUUAUUUCCAUCAAUUUGGGUAAUAACAAAUUCCACGGACGAUUACCUAAAUCCUUAAUCAAUUGCCGAAGUCUAAGGGGUCUCGACAUUGGAAAUAAUAGAAUACAAGAUGAAUUUCCCUUUUGGAUGGAACGCCUACGCAAGCUUCGGGUGCUAGUGUUGAGGUCUAACAAGUUUGAUGGUAACAUGUCGCUUCCUUCACGAACCAAGUUUCCAUUUCCUAUGUUACAAGUUCUAGAUAUAUCUCAUAAUGCAUUUGUAGGCUCUCUCCCCGAAAGAUAUUUCAAGAAUUUCAGAGCAAUGAUAGAGGAAAAGCAAAGAGAUGACACAAAGAGUUUCCAUGACAAAGAAAAAAACAACGACGACUAUUAUUAUCUAAGUUAUGUGGAUAUGAUAGUCACCUUGAAAGGUCAGGAUAUGUUGUUGAAUAGACUACUUGAUACCUUCACAACAAUUGAUUUAUCCUCCAAUAGUUUCUCUGGGACUAUUCCACCUUCCAUAGGAAAUCUUAAGAUUCUCAAAUAUUUGAACCUAACCCACAAUAGCCUCACAGGACAUAUACCUUCAUCUCUUGGAAACUUGAGUGAACUCGAAUCGUUGGAUUUGUCAACAAACAAACUGGAUGGAGAAAUUCCAAGUGAAUUGACAAGGUUGACAUUUCUUGCAAAAUUAAACCUUUCAAUGAACAAUCUUGUUGGGCAAAUACCACGAUCCAAUCAGUUCUCCACAUUUGAGAAUGAUUCGUAUGUGGGAAACUUAAGAUUGUGUGGACUUCCGUUGACAAGAAAAUGCAACGAGGAUGAUGGGAAAUCGAUGCAGCCUGCAAAAGAAGAGGGUGAUGAUGAAUAUGAAUUCAUAGAUGGAUUUGGUUGGCGAUGUGUUGUGAUGGGAUAUGGAAGUGGAUUCAUUGUUGGGAUUGGAAUUGGAUACAUGAUUAUAAGGAGUGGAAGGCCAAGAUGGUUAGUGGAAUUCUUUUUCGGAGUUGGUUAUAAAUAUAAGACAAAGAAGAGACGCAACAGAGCUGCAUCAACACACAGGGUAACUUAGAUUGCAAGACUAAAGGAGGAUUGUGUGCUUUCCUUGUGUUUAAUUUGGGGAUCUUUCCUUGGUUGUUUCGAAUUACUUUUUUUACGUUUUUGGAUGUCA